AUGACUAAGAAAAACGGUGGGAAAGUGAGAUGGAUUAAUCACUACAACAGGAACCAAAUGAUAUUACUUGGUGGUGAAGGGGACUUUUCGUUUUCUGCUUGUUUAGCUAAAGCUUUUGGCUCUGCCACUAACAUGGUUGCAACAUCCCUCAACUCCGAAGAAACUUUAGAGACAAAGCAUUGGACCAAUACAGCACACUUGGAGUACUUGAAGAAGAAAGGAUGUUCAAUCUUUCAUGAAGUGGAUGUGUAUGACAUGAAUGUACAUCCAACUUUAAUGUACAUGGAGUUCGAUGUUAUCAUUUAUAACUUUCCUCAUGCAGGUCACUUCUGUGAAAGAGAGUUUCCUCAGAAGCACAAAAGGCUAGAAGAGGCAUUCUUCAGAAGUGCAAGGGAGAUGGUUAGUGAAGGUGGAGAAGUGCAUGUUACACAAAGGGAUGAUUAUCCUUACAGUGAAUGGAAUUUGGUGGAACUUGCAAAACAGUCAGGCCUUGUUUUGAAAGAGAAAGUGGAGUUUAGUAAAAAAGACUACCAUAACAAGACAGGUGGUGGAAUUGAGAGUAACAAACAGUUCCCUCUUGAACAAACCUUUACCUUCAAAUUCUCGCUCGUACCAAAAAACUCAUAA